UCACUUCACUCCACCGAAAAAAAAUCAAUCCGAGAAAAUGGCUGCCACCACCCUCUCCGUCCGGCCGAACCGGCUCUCCCCGGCUCGCCCCUCCCCAAGCCGCCGGCCCACCACCUCCCCACGCCCUCCGGCCCGCCGGCGGCCGCGCCGAGCCGUGGCGCGGCGGCGUCGGCGGCUCCCCCCGCCGACCACCCCCGUGACCCCGCCGCCGAUGACGCAGCAGCAGCUGCCGCAGCAGCGGAGGGCCGGGGCUCUGCUGGCGGCGCAGGCCGGCAGGAGGGCGGACGACUCGGCCCCGUUCGAGAUGUCGGUGGAGAGCGCGCUGAAGCUGCUCGGCGUCCCGGACACGGCGUCGUUCGACGAGAUUCUCCGGGCGAAGAACGCGAUCGUCGCCUCGUGCAAGGACGACAAGGAGGCCAUCGCGCAGGUUGAGGCUGCAUAUGAUAUGUUGCUCAUGCGAAGUUUAACUCAGCGGAGAGCUGGAAAAGUUGUGAGCAGUAGCAUUCGCUAUGCUGAUGUUAAACCAGUCGGUACUUCUACCAUUGGUUCGAUGCCUCAAUGGUUGCAAACUACUGUCAAGAAUACGCCCUUGUCUGUUGAAGCACCAUCAACUCGAGACUUGGGCCUACAAAUUGGUGUAUAUGGUGCAUUGAUUGUUUUAACGUAUGUCAAUGGAGCUUCCACACCAUCUGUAGCACCUUAUGCGGGGGCUGAUGUUCCUGGGUUGAUCCUUGCAUCUAGCUUCGGAGCUUCCUUGUACUUUAUGACCAAAAAGAAUCUCAAGCUAGGUAAGGCGACUAUAAUAACCAUAGGAGGGCUUCUGGCUGGAGCUGUCGUGGGUUCAGCAGUAGAGAGCUGGUUACAGGUGGACAUUGUCCCCUUUCUUGGAAUUCAUUCUCCUGCUGCCGUAAUUAGCGAAUUCAUCCUAUUUUCUCAGCUCUUUGCUUCCUUGUAUCUUAGGUAGGGUUGGGAGAUGAUUGCCACAUUUAAGUCGAACCUGAAACCUGUAACUAUUCAUUGCAUGAUCAUGCCCGACCUCCUUUAGGAUGCAUUUCAUUGCACAUUGUACAAAAUCCACUAUACAAAGAAGUGAAGCUUGAAUUGCUUUUGCAUUCUGUUCAGUGACGUAACAGACAUCUACUGCUAAAGACAUUGUUACCUCUUAGCAGUUUUGCCUGUGUUUGAGAGCUUAUCCUUUAUAAGCUUUAGCAAAGUUGUUUCUGUUUAUUUUGUCUCGAACAGUUUUUAGGACAGGAGCAUUUUGAUUUGUGUCGGAUCUCAAACUUUGUGUAAUGUUAUGCACCAGAGUACAUGCUAUGAGCUUCA